UACUUUUUGCGUCGACACAUUCCUAUUCAUGAUUGCAUCCAACGAACGACGCCAUUUCUAAUUUCUUCUUUCCUUCCUUAAUUUUUCCACUAAACACCCUCCUUUCUUUUAACUGCACUUCCUCACUCCCCGCCGGCGCCCUUUUUCCGUUCAACUUCCGUCCCCAUUUCCUCCUCUCUUCUCUCUACGUGUUAGCUUUGUUCUUGAUCUUCUGUUUGAUUACUUCCGAGGAUUUCAUUUGAGCUAAUUGUUUAACCAAGCAGUUAAAACAAGAACAUUGAGAUCGAUUUAUACAGAAUAUGAAAGAACCAAGAAAGUGAUGGCGCCAUGGUAGUUAUACAAGCUGCAUGGGAGGCUUAUUAUAUCCUCUUGACUUUAAUCACAGAAGCAUGGCCAAGAAAAUUUUUAAUCAAAAGAGACGUCGUGGUGGACUGGAAACCCCUCGUAAUAGCCUGGAACUACAGAUGGAGAGUUCCCAAAACUAUUGUGCUGUAGAAGAAAUACCGUACUCCUAUCAAAUCGAUGAAGUGUUUUCUGACAAGGACUAUUUAAAAAAUGAGGCUUCAAUGAAGAAAUUAAUCGAUAGGGAAAUAUCCACGCGCACAAAUGUCAAACAUAAUGGACCAAGCAUUGUUGCUCGACUCAUGGGGAUGGAUAUGUUGCCCUUAGAUGCUAAAGAUGUAGUUGAGCUAAGUGACAAGAGGCAUAAUAGCAAGGGAGUCAAGACUUCAAAUAAAGAAAGCAAUGGCAGGGGCUUGCAUUUUCUUGCAUCCUCCAAAUCAAAUCAUUCAAAGCAAAUGGACCUGCACUCAUCUUAUCAUGAUAAUGACAAGGAUGCUGAUCGUGAUGACUGGAGCAGUGAUCAGAAGAUGGGAAAAUCACACCGUCGGGAACAUCCUCAGGAGGAGGAAUUACAAAAGUUCAAAAAAGAAUUUGAAGCAUGGCAAGCUGCAAGGUUUAGGGAGUGCUCAAGGGUUAUUGAAGUUAGUAGCAUCAAUAGACGGUCACUUAAACAGGAAGGCCUUGCCAAGGAGAAGAUAACAAUAAAUGCAAACACAAGGAGAACAUCAAGCCAGAAGGUCUCAGCGGAACCCAAAGGUUCAACAGUGGAGAUGAAAUCAUAUAGAAGUAUUGGUCUAGAUGAUUGCGUUAAGAGGGAAACAUUCCCAGCUGAGCAGAGGGGAACCUUUUCUUUGAGAAGCAAAUCAAUGGAUGCAGAUUUUGAACACCCUUGCCUGAUUAGCUAUGAUCAGAAAGACAAAUCGCAUGGCCCAACAAAGAUUGUCAUUCUGAAGCCUGGUCCUGAUAAGAUGUGCGUCCAUGAAGAGCACUGGAAAAAUUCCUCAGGGAACUUAGGAGAAAGAGUGAGUAUUGAAGAUUUUCUUGAUGAGGUCAAGGAGCGGCUGAGAUGCGAAUUGCAAGGGAAAACUUUUAAAAAGGGUUAUACAGUUCGUGGAAGUGGAAUAGAAACGCCAUAUAGUGAGAGGCCUUCUCACAGAAGACAAAUAGCUCAGAACAUAGCCACACAGGUUAGAGAUAGUGUCACAAGAGACAUUGGAAUAAAUUUACUCCGUUCAGAAUCCACAAGAUCAUACAACAGUGAAGUUCAAUUUAUUGGGUUAGAUUCCCCAGAAUUCGUAAACAAAGACACCAGAAGAUUGUUGUCAGAGAGACUGAGAAAUGUUCGAAGCAAAGAUCCAGACCUUGAUAGUGGCAGCUCUAGGUCAUCUGUAUGUGAUCAUGAGAGAGUUAUGAACCAAGUAGAAACUACUUUGACAAAUGGAAAACAUACAGAUUAUUGGGAAGUACUCAGAGAUGCUGAAGAAAUACAAACUAGAUCUUUCAGGCAUGAGGCGAACCAAAAUGAGGUUCUUCCCAAAGAACUAUCUCCUAGGAAUCUCACCAGGUCAUUAUCAGCUCCAGUGUCAGGAACGUCAUUCGGGAAGCUUCUUCUGGAGGACCGGCACAUUUUAACUGGUGUCCACAUUCAGAGAAAACAUGAAGCAGGUGAUCAUGUGGCCAUGAGUAGCAAAAAGCAGAAGAAAGAGAGGUUUAAUUUUAAAGAAAAGGUUUCCAAUUUCAGAUAUAAUUUCACUCUUAGAGGGAAGCUGUUUGGCAGAAAGACGCAAUCGAUUAGCGGAUUACAUAGUGCCAAUCUAUACUCUUCCAAAGACAUCUUGAGUGGACCAACCGUUGUAAUGAACUCUGGAGAGCGCCACGAAAGGGAGAAUUUCACUGAGGUGCCUCCGAGUCCUGCUUCUGUGUGCAGCAGUGUCCAAGAAGAGUUCUGGAAGUUAUCUGACCAUCAGAGUCCAAUAUCAACUUCAGAUGUAACUCCUAGAGAAGAGAACUGUGUUUCCCAGGUCUUUAGGGAGAUAAGCUCUAACUUGAAAGAACUUCGAAGACAGCUGAAUCAACUUGAUUCGGAUGAUAUUGAGGACAAAGUGGAACAGCAGCCUGUUGAGUCCGAAAUCACAAAACUUGAAGAUCCAGCAGAAGCUUACAUACGAGAUCUUCUUAUUGUUUCUGGUAUGUAUGAUGGAUCAACAGAUAACAACUUUACACGAAAUAACGCAGCUACAAAGCCUAUCAGUGAUGCAAUCUUUGAGGAAGUGGAAGAAGCAUAUAGAAAAUCGGAGACCAAAAAUGAAAUCAUUGGGAAGGAGCAGAGUGAAAAUAGUGUAGAUCACAAAAUGUUAUUUGAUCUUUUGAACGAAGCACUUCCAAUCGUACUUGCACCAUGUUUAACAUUGUCCAAAUUUAAAAGAAAAGUUAUUAACUCCUCUAUGCUACCACGGCCAUUGUUCGGAAAAAAACUAUUGGAUCCUGUAUGGGACGUCAUCCGCAAAUUUAUACACCCUUCAACUGAUAGAUCUUAUUACUUGCUUGAUGGGGUUAUGGCUCGAGAUUUAAAUUCAACACCAUGGUCCUCAUUAGUGGAUGAUGAGGUUAACACGACAGGGAGGGAGGUUGAAGCUCUGAUCAUGAAGGAUUUGGUUGAAGAAAUUGUGAAGGAUUUGCUAAAAUGAUGCCGCAGAGUUUUAAUUCUCAGGACACUGACCUUAUGCUACCACUUGGAGUGGACAGAAAUUGCAUGGAAAUCAAAUAUAUUGAGGAUACCACGCUUGAUAUUCACCCGAAAUAUACCUUUUUUUGAGUUUCUUUUUACGUACAUAUGAUUUGUUAAUGCAGAUUGGCUUCAAGUGAAGGUGUUAUUCAGAUGUAGAUGACUCUUUUCCGAUGUCAAUUAUCAUAACUUGUAAAGGAAAGUUAACAUGAUAUUUCUCUCUGCAGUUUGUGCCCGACUCUUGCCCUUUGCCAUAAUUUGUAAUAUCCAGCGUCAGAAAACUUAAACAAUCAGCUGCCGCAAGUUCCAAUGUUCGGUUGCUACGACAAAAGGUAUAACUCGUACAAAUAAUUGAAGUUUAUGCCGUGUAUUUAUUCCUUC